AAAAUAGCAAAUAUGUACAACUACAAUUCUUAUUUGAAGACCCUAAAUUGCAAAGAGGAUCCUAAAAAAAUUGCGAAAGUCAGGAAACAACAGAUCCAUAAAAGGAAUCUCCUAUCUGCCAAAGCAAGAAAUAGGUAAUCCAAAACUCUGAUACUUUUGAGUAUACCUCAUGUAGGUACAAGCACGAGUGUCUCAACUUCAUCGAAAUGGUCAAUAAAACCCAAAGAGAUUAUAUCAAGCUGGUUGAUGAGAAAGAGUCCAAAUUAGGUAUCAAGAUUAAUGCAAGGCUCAGAUCUACAGAAUCCAGGCUAACAAGAAAGCAAUCUUUUAAAGCUGAUAGACUUAAGAUCAAAAUCCCGAUACAAUUUAGAGAAAGAAACCUUUCAGCUGAAUCUAGAAGGAAGAGAUUAGGAGCAACUUUACAAGGAAAGAGUUUGCUUUUAACCAAUUCUCAGAGCUCCUCUCCGGAUGCACGAAUGAUGACUUCACAGGUCUUCUCAGGAGCAUGUCUUAAAUCUAGGAAUAUUAACGGUAACCCAAAUCUGACGACACCAAGUUCUAAACUUGCUUUAUCCCAAAAGAUCUUGAUUGACGAGAUGUCAGAGCCUUACCUAGGUGGUCAUGAAGAGGUUGGAAAUAAACGGAGAGCUAGAAGGGUGAUGAAUGAAGUUAGUAACGACAUGUUCAAGACCUAUACUCAUUCAGACCCGAUGUACAAAUAACAUGCUACAUCAGUCAUCUUCUCUCUUGAGAGGUGAAUAUGACUCUGGCCCAUUAAAAGGAAAGAAACUGUAUGAAAAGAGCAUCAAAGAUGCUUUAAUCAGUAAGAAAAUUUGCCUUCCAGAGAAAUUUUCUAAGACAACAAUCCCAGAUUUUACUGAUAUCAGAUGUAUUAAUGAGAGGUAUAAAACUCAGAAGGGAUUUAAGAAUAAAACCAAAAGAAUUAGAGGAGCAAAUACGAAAUACUGGGAGGUCAGAGUCACUAAGAAGAGUCCUAAGAAGAAAACUAUAAGCAAAGAGAUCAUCGACUUCUAUUAUAGCACUUAAGAUAACAGCUUUGAAUUUGGUCAGUAAACAAUAUGGUAAUUGUUCAAGAGAUUGGCCCAAACCAGGGGUUUUGGG